AUGGAUAAGUUGAAUUGUUCUCAUCUUCUUCCUCGUUGGGUUGAAGCACUCUUGAGUGAGAAGUUCUUCAACGCCUGCAUAAUUCACGAAGAAGCUAAAAAGAAUGAAAAAAACAUCUUUUGUUUGGACUGUUGCGAGAGCCUUUGCCCUCACUGCUUGACCCCUCACCGCUCUCACCGUCUUUUACAGAUAAGAAGGUAUGUCUAUCAUGACGUUUUAAGGCUGGGCGAUGCUGAGAAAUUAAUGGACUGUGCUUUUGUUCAAUCUUACACCACAAACAGUGCAAAAGUGGUAUUUUUAAAUCAAAGGCCACAGACAAGGUUAUCAAGGGGCUCCGGCAACAUCUGCAUCACCUGUGACAGAGGCCUGCAAGACCCAUAUCUAUUCUGUUCUCUCUCCUGCAAGCUUCAAUACAUUCUCAGAACCGGAGAUGAGCUUUCAAGGUACAUUCACAAGCGUGAGCACAUCACUCUGCCUGAACCGGGUUUGGAAGAUGGCCAGAUGACACCUGACUCGGUUCUCGAACCGGCCUGUUCGGUGAGGACGUCGUCUGGGACUAGUGGCAGUGGUGGCACCGCCGGUGAAGUGGGCUGCCGGACAAUUGCUUGUACGGCGACAACUGAAAUUGUUAGGAAGAAACGUAGCAGUGUUUCGGCGUUUCGGGUGGCGUGUCGGCCGAUUUGUGCACCGGUUUCCGAAAUCUCCGCGGCUAUGAUGAACCGGCGGAAGGGUACGCCUCACCGGUCUCCACUUUAUUGAUUUAUGUACGGAAGAGUGAUGAAGAGAGAGAGGGGGAGGGUUUUGGGACAUGAUUGGUAUUUUUUGGUAGUUCAAGGGCAUUAAAGGGUUAAAAAAGAGGCCUCCCAAUUUUGCAGUGUAUACACUUCUCUCUUGCUUAUCUGUUACUUUAUUCAGG